GGCUACUACAGUGGACAGCUAAUCAGGUUACAGGGUGCAUGAGACGUUAUCAUCGCAGUUUUUCACAUUCGGUCCCCAAAAAGUCCGAGCUUGUCUCUAAAAAGGCUAACGUGCCUCAACACGGCGCCUGUGUGCAGGAAGCCGAAGAUUAGCAGAUUCCUCAUGUGCCGAACAGCUGUCACUCGCGAGUGCGCCUUUUCGCUCACGCUGAGCUCCCGAGCGCUGCUUUUGUGUUUGCGGGCUUCAGGCAGCAGCCUCCGAGAAGUGCUUAUGUGGCACCUCAUUAGUGUCUCGUGUCUUCUGGCACCUCGUCGACGUUGCGGCACCCGAAUGCAUCUCGAGUAUCACGGAAAGCUGAAAUAGGUUGUGUGAAUGCUGAGAGAUGACAUUAACAAGAAGUAAAGCAAGGCUUGAAUACUUUUUUGAAAGCUUUUAACUAUAUUCAAAAAAAAAAUAUUGGCAAAAGUGUGAAUGCUCAUUUCUCAGCAUUGCCACAAAAAGAAAGAAGCUAAAUGGAUUUUCAAAUGCUGCCACGAUGAAGGAAUGACUUGUGCGAAUGCUCGUCUCUCAGCAGCCACGCAAUUUGCUAUAUUUUCUUGUGUCAUACAGCCUGAGUGUGAAAGUUGAUCUUUCAGCAUUCAAAACAAAACCAUCAUUUGUGUGAAUGCUCAUCUUUCAGCAUUCAUACCAUCAGAAGCAAAAUAUACGCAUCAGAUGACUUGGUCCUAAUUUUACAGGUCCGCAUUUUUUGUUGUGAAACUGCAUUCAUUUUAAUGCGUGCCUCUGCAUUCAUCUAAUAAUCACCAAAAUAGAGGUUUUAAGAUGACAACGAAUUUUCCUGAAUGCAGAGGGAGAGGUAUGAGCACAAGAAGUAACAGUUAAUCAGUAACCGACCUGUUUGCAUGACCAUGCCUAAUGACUCAGAUGCGAAUGCUCAUCAUUCACGUGUCGAGAAGAUAAAUGCGUUCACCAGCACAAGCGAGCGCAUGAGUGAGAAUGCUCGUCUCUCAGCAUCCGCGUGAUCUCCCAUCAUCAAACAACUGUGUGAAUGGUUUGACUCGCUGCAGGACUAAGAUUACCGGAAGAGUGUCCCCAUUCAUUUUGGACCAGCUUUUUUUGUCCUGCAUGCUUGAAAUAAAAAAUUUCCAUGCACAUUAUUAGAGUGAGCGCUCAUCUCUCAGCAUUCCCCUGAAAAAGAAAAAAAAAGCCCUCCCACCUUUUUGCAUCCUGCUUUUAAUUACCCUUCCUCUCAUUGGUUCGGCGUUUGGAAGCCCUUGGCCAGUCAGAGCCUGUGUUGAGGUGGCCCUCCACUCUGUGUGUUUGUGUGUGUGUGUGUCAAUGAAUACCUGUUGUGCAUUUGUGAUGACGGGCCUGGUUUAAAAUCUGCCCCAAGUUUUUGUGCGAGGCAGUCUGUCUCAGGGAGGUCUGCUUCACAGUCGUAAUCACACACUCGGUGUUCCGCAAGAGUCUAUCUCGGACCCCCAGUCAGUGUUGUCGCCAAGGGGAACCUCAGGAGACCAGACAAGACGAGCUGAGUAAUGGCUGCCCACAGGAGGACCGGCCUCUCCGGCGUGCUUGUCGCCGCCACGCUGGCCGUGGUCAUCGUGCUGCUGCUGCUGCCCGCCGACGUCUCAGCAGGACCCGUCGCCGGCAAGGCCACACCGGACGCCGGGGAGAGCAUCCGGGCGAGGGCGGAGGCAGCGGCGGCCCACAGAAGGCUGAGCCGCAACCGCAGGAACAUCAGCUGGUACAAGCAGCACUCGGAUUUCUGGAGCUGGUACAAGUACUUCACCGACAACGGCAACCAGGAGGCGGUUCAGGAGCUGGACCGCAUCUACCUAACCUACCUCCAGAACAAGAACCGCGCCGAAGGCCGUCGCUCUUACAAAGCCUACCUGCGCCACCUGGGCGAGAUCUACAAGUCCUGCGCCGACUCGGACGACCCCAACUGCGUGGCAUCCUACACCAGCAGGGCCAAGCCUGAGCCCCCCAAGCCGGCGCCGGUCAAAACCUGCGACCCCACCAAGGACGCCUACUGCCUGUACGCCGCCUUGGUGGCUCGGAAGAGUCCCUACAUGCCACUGGUGCUGCCUGCCGCUGCCCCGGCCCAGGCCCCGGCUCCGGUGAAGUCCCCCGCCCCUCUUUUUGUACGACCCGCCGCCGCAGCCAAAGAACCUCAGUCGGGUUACUACUACUAUGCACCGUCAUCAGUUUCUUUCCUCUCCAAGGAGCAGAAGGCGGAGCUGCUGCGCGUCUGCGGGGCCGAGGACGUUGAGUGUUUGCAGUACCACCUGAGGGCCGCCUACGGCUACCCGCCCGCCGCCGGGAACUCACCGGCUUACGCCCACCUGGGCUGCGACCCGCAAGUGGACCCCACCUGCAAGCCUCAGAAGGCCUCGUCUGGGCUCUACCAGUACCCCAACUGUGACCCGCUCAGGGACCCAUACUGCGCCUACGUUGCCUCCCCCAUGGCUCCCCGAGUGACCAACCCCGCUUCUGGCCCGGGGUCCUGCAACCCCAUCUUUGAGGACGGUUGCAACCCCCUCACCGCCACCAAAUUCGUCACACCUCAAGAGGCAUACAAAACGGAGCCGAGCGAGGAGGCGGCUGCCAUCCGGGUUCCCCCUCCCGCCGCCGACCACUACAGCGACCCCUAUGGCAUGUAUAGAGAUGCUAACGCUAAUGCUAACAGGGUGACUGACCCUUACGCCACGUACCGCCAGGCUAGUGCCCCGGCCGCGCCGCAAGUCAAUGAUCAGUACGCAGUGCUGCGGCGCUUCAUGGCACAGGCACAGGGCAGCGACCCGUACGCGCCCCGCAUGGAGUCGACGCCCGAGUCCAACCCCAACGAUCCUUUCUCCGCCAUGAGAGACACCGCCUCCGCUACCAUGCACCGCCACAGUGCCCGCCAACACUACCUGUUCUCACCCCCAACUUACGAGGAGCCUACCAGGGAGGAGCGCCACCCUCUGGGCCCGCCAGGAAAAACCAAAGAGGGCUACGACUGCUUCAUCGGGUAUGACCGCGAUUGCUUCCCGCUGCAGCCGGCCGAGCCCCGAUCGAGCGCCCACCGCCGCAUCCCUCAUCCCGCCGAGGCCUACGAGCCCCACCUGAAAGCCGACGGCACUCGCGACGGCGUCCUGGAGCCGCCCAACCCGCACUGCGAUCCAGAGUUUGACAGCGACUGCCGCCUGCGCCGCCGCGAACCCGAGCCGCCCCGCCACGAGGACCAACCCCAGCGCCCCAAGGCCCAACCGGAGGUGCCGGAACAGGACCCUUACGAGGCCGAGCCCUACCAAAGCGGCCAGGAGGAGCCUCACGUGUCCAACGUGCCGACGCCCCCUCAGGGAAUGCCCAGCCUCCAGGACAUACUGAGGAGCUAUGGCGACCACUUCCCCGAGCAGGACGACUACCGCAAGAAGUAAAGUGCAGACACACGCCAGCUUGUAGGUGCACAAAUGCCCUCAAAGAUUUCCGUCCCACCAGACCCCCACAUGAUGCCAGUCCAUGGACCCAAUGAACACGAGAGCGUCCUAAGGUCGUUCGGCGCUUUUGAUUUGGGGCGCUCGGGUAUCACUCGCAAGACCUCAGGCCUCCUCCAAGCACUGCAAUGCAUUGUGACUUGCAAAUGCUCUGCUCUGCUCGCCAUCUCGCCACUGACAACUUCUGUAAAGUUUUUUUUUCUCCCCGCUUUGGAAUGUUCUAAUAAAAAGCUCUUGAAAGCUGU